UUCCCCGGCAUUCUCUGGGCGUGAGUCACGCAGGUUUGCAGCCAGCCCCAAAGGGGGUGUACGCGAGCCGAGCGGUAUAAAUAGGGCGCCUCACUGUGCUCACCACCCCGCAUCGCCAGGAGGAGCGCACGGGAGGCUGCACCACCGACCGAGCGUGCUAGGACUCCAGACUCAGAGGAGGCAGCACCAUGAAGAUUCUCCUGCUGUGCGUGGGCCUGCUGCUGACCUGGGAGGAUGGCGGGGUCCUGGGAGAGCAGCUGGUCUCCGACAACGAGCUCGAGGAAAUGUCCACCCAGGGGAGUAAGUACAUUAAUAAGGAAAUUCAAAAUGCUGUCCAGGGGGUGAAACAGAUAAAGACUCUAAUAGAGAAAACAAAUGCAGAGCGCAAGUCCCUGCUCAACGUUUUAGAGGAGGCCAAAAAGAAGAAAGAGGAUGCCCUGGAUGAGACCAGGGAUUCUGAAAUGAAGCUGAAGGCUUACCCCGAAGUGUGCAACGAGACCAUGAUGGCCCUCUGGGAAGAGUGUAAGCCCUGCCUGAAGCAGACAUGCAUGAAGUUCUAUGCACGAGUCUGCAGAAGCGGCUCAGGCCUGGUUGGCCGCCAGCUGGAGGAGUUCCUGAACCAGAGCUCACCCUUCUACUUCUGGAUGAACGGCGACCGCAUUGACUCCCUGCUGGAGAGCGACCGGCAGCAGAGCCAUGUCCUCGAUGCCAUGCAGGACAGCUUCACCCGAGCAUCCAGCAUCAUGGACACACUCUUCCAGGACCGGUUCUUCACCCAUGAGCCCCAAGACACCCACUUCUUCCCACCCCUUGGCUUUCCCCACAGGAGGUCUCACUUCCUCUACCCCAAGUCCCGUUUGGUCCGCAGCCUCUUGCCUUUCUCCCACUACGGGCCCCUGAGUUUCCACAACAUGUUCCAGCCUUUCUUUGAGAUGAUACACCAGGCUCAACAGGCCAUGGAUGCUCCAUUUCACAGCUCAGCCUUCCAGUUCCCAGACACAGAUUUCUUAAGAGGUGAUGAUGACCGUGCUGUGUGCAAGGAGAUUCGCCACAACUCUACUGGGUGUCUGAAGAUGAAGGGCCAGUGUGAUAAAUGCCAAGAGAUCUUGUCUGUGGACUGUUCGACCAACAACCCUGCCCAGGCUCACCUUCGGCAGGAGCUCAACGACUCCCUCCUGGUGGCUGAGAGGUUGACCCAGCAUUACAACGAGCUGCUUCAGUCCUAUCAGAGGAAGAUGUUCAACACCUCGUCCCUGCUGGAGCAGCUCAAUGAGCAGUUCAACUGGGUGUCCCAGCUGGCUAACCUCACUCAGGGUGAAGACCAGUACUACCUGCGGGUCUCCACGGUGACGACCCAUUCUUCUGACUCAGACACCCCCUCCCGUGUCACUGAGGUGGUUGUGAAGCUGUUUGACUCUGACCCCAUCACAGUGGUGAUCCCAGAAGAAGUCUCCAGGGACAACCCUAAAUUCAUGGACACAGUGGCAGAGAAGGCGCUGCAGGAAUACCGCAGGAAGACCCGAGUGGAAUGAGACGUGGCAUUGCUUUUUCAUAUGUGGGAGCCUCAGAGUGCAGCUGACUCCCUGAGGUAGCCCCAGCCCCCACAGAGAGCUCCGCAUGUCUCCAAGUGACUAGGCCUCUACCCUACCAGCCUCUCCUUCCUCUGGAUUCUGCACAUUAAUGCCUGCAUUUGAUGCUCCUGGGAGGGCCUGCUUCUCCAUGCAACUAAUUCAAUAAAGCUGCCUAAAACCUGCGUA